AUGCCACCUCCACCUCCCCCGCCGCCGCCGCCGCCGCCGGGAGUUUUGGGCGGUCCUCCCCCGCCGCCUCCUCCAGGAGGUCUCCCUGGAAGACCUACUAAAGGACAGGCUAAAGACCGGGGUGCACUUCUUUCUGACAUCCACAAGGGCACCAGGCUGAAGAAGGCCGUUACUAAUGAUCGAUCAGCACCUGUAAUCGGAGGCUCAGGAGGGGUCUCUGCAGCCCCUCCCGUCGCGAGUGCGCCACCGGUUCCUGGUGCGAGGCCGCCUCCAAGCAGGCUUGCACCGCCUGUACCAUCCGGCCCUGCCGCGAAUCGAUUACGGAGCAACAGCGAAGGAGUUCCUGGAAUAGAUAGCGCAGCCAGUGCGACGCCACCCCAAUUAGGGGGAAUAUUUGCUGGUGGGAUGCCCAAGUUACGCAGUCGUGGAGGUGUCGAUACAGGUGCCAAUCGAGACUCGCCCUACAUCUCUGAUUCCGAAGGUGCACGUCAACCACCUGCUGCAUCAGCUCCCAAGCCUCCGACAGCUCCCAGACCUCCUGGGGCCAGACCGCCCCCUCGUCCCUCGUCGACAGAUCCGCCGACUGCACCACCGGUCAAUCCAUUGGUUGCCGGCUUGAAGAGGCCUCCCCCGAGACCUGCUGCACGAUCCUCAUCUACAGUUUUGGCGCCUGCUACAAAGGCCCCCGAAGCGCCGCCUCCACGCGCGCCUCCUCCACCUCCAGUACCGGGCAAGCUUCCACCACCUCCAGCAUCAGGCAAAUUCCCACCACCGCCUACAUGUGGAAAACCAUCCGGCCCCCCACCCCCUCCCCCAUCAGCCCCCGCAACUCGGGCACCUCCUCCCCCGCCGGCUGCUUCUAGAUCGACACCCCCCCUCCCCCAUCAGUAG